GGAAGUUUGUAAGUUGUCAUGCUUGAGGGUCAUACUGAGAUUGAAAGUAUGUCUAAUUCUGUUUUAAAAACAAAUCCACCUCGUGCAACAUGUUAAAAUGUUGCAUUUAAUCGCGAUAGUAUGCAUACUUCUAGCGCCUGUGUAUUCUGAUUCAGGAUCACAUUCGUUGUGGGUCUUUGCUACCUUCUUGACCGGAGAUGUUUCGGUUCCAUUUCCAGAGUUUACCGUAGUUGUUACGUUGGAUGAUAUUGUCAUCGGUCACUAUAACUCCGACGAGAGCCGUUUUGUCCAGAAAACACAAGAUGACUCGGUUAAUGUCACUGAGCAGUUGACCAUAUCAACAGUCUGUAAAGGCAUACACGAGGGCAUGAAAACCAAAGCAUACUACUUAAUAGAUUACUUAAAUUACACAAGAGGCCUUCACGUGCAGCAGAGGCUUGUUGGAUGUGAACUUCACCACCAUGAGCCUGGCAAAAUGAUGACCUUGGAGGCCUUUAAUGGUGAAAGUGGUUUUGAGAGACACUAUGAAAUUCAGGGGGACCAGCACACUCACUGGAAAUGGCCUGUGAUAAAGAGUAGUGCGCAGUUAGAGUAUGACGCAUGGCUGUAUGCUUACUUUUAUCGCCCUCUGUGCAUCAGUCAGCUCAAGAAGUAUCUGAAAAAGGAGAAGAACCGGGUAACAGCUAGAGUUAAACCAAGACUGAGAGUGAUCGAACAAUCUAACAGUGACACAGGUGUAGUCCAGGUUACUUGCCUGGCAACUGGUUUUUACCCACGACACAUUAACCUGACCCUACUUCGGGAUGGCCAGCCGGUAAAUGAGGAGCGGGUCACGGGUGGAGAACUUCUGCCUAAUGGUGAUGGAACGUACCAGAUGAGGAAAAGUGUUGAACUGAGUGCUGAAGAGCAGAGAGAAAAACACUCCUACACAUGCACUGUAAUUCAUCUUAGCCUGGAUAACAAGCUUGACAUCAGUAUAGAACCUGGUCCUGACCCAGUUAUUGUUAUUCCUUCUGUACUAUUGCUGCUGCUGUUGUGUGCAUUUGGAGCCUUGGCUUCUUUUAAAAUAUGGAGGAAGAUGUAUAAACCUGCCAGUCAGCAGGUCAGCUACAUCUCUACCUCAGGUAAGUCUUUAAACUUUGGUCUUUGAGUUAUUAAAAGUGUUAAAAUAUACACACAUGAAUGGGUGAUGAUUUUCUCUUUCUUAGAAGUUGACCAGAUGUGAGAUCCUGAAGGGUUUUUCAUUUGCUUGUUCUAAAGGCACAUCAUUACUUAUUUACAUUUACAGAAGAAAAGGUAUUUGCAUUGAUUUCCAGAAAAAGAUCUAAACAUCGAUAAAAGAAGAUUUUAUGCUUAAAAAAAUAAUAAUUUCUUAGCACACCAGCAUUUAUGUAUUUGCCAUGUGCUUUCAUCCAAAGGGACCAACAGUGCAUUUAAGAAAUACAUUAUUUUUUAACAAUAUCUGUGAUCUCUGAGAUCGAAAUUGUUUUAAUUUACCAUAAACCUUAAUCAAAUUUGCUAAAUUUAUGCUUGCAAAUGAAAGAAUAUUAAAAUGCUAGUGGGGUAAGAAAAUUAGUAUCUGCAGUUAACGUAUUAUUUGGUGACAUGGCAGGCGUAUUUUUGUGUCCGCAUUAUGUACUAAAAUAACUUGAUACAUUUAUGAUGUCACUUUAUUCUAUAAAACUUAUUUAGUUUAAAUACAGUUUCUGUUACAAAUUUUUGUUUUGAGAUAUCAAACUUGAAAUGACAGGCAGGGCAAUUGUCCAUACAAAUUAGCAGUGGCAAAAUUAUGUUAACAUUUUUAAAAAUUUAAAAUAAGAUCCUUUGGCUAUUUUGUUUAAAGAUAAAAAAAAACGUUUUUAUGAGCUUGUUUUGCCAUUGACCCAUUUACACACACACACACACGCACGC